AUGAUGAUCGAAGAGGUAAAAAGUACAACCAAGACACAAAGAAUAGCUGCACAUAGUCAUGUGAAAGGUCUUGGUUUAGAUGAUGAGGGUGUUGCACAUCAAACUGGAUCGGGUUUAGUUGGACAAGAAACUGCACGUGAAGCUUGUGGUGUGGUCGUUGAAUUGAUUAAAUCCAAGAAAAUGGCUGGUCGUGCAAUUCUCCUUGCUGGACCUCCUGGUACUGGCAAGACGGCCCUUGCGCUAGCUAUUGCUCAAGAGUUGGGACCCAAAGUUCCAUUUUGUCCUAUGGUUGGCAGUGAAGUCUAUUCAGCAGAAAUAAAGAAAACUGAAGUUUUAAUGGAAAAUUUCAGACGAGCAAUUGGUUUACGAAUCAAAGAGACCAAGGAAGUUUAUGAGGGGGAGGUGACUGAGCUUACUCCAUGCGAGACGGAAAAUCCUUUAGGAGGAUAUGGCAAGACAGUCAGUCAUGUUGUUAUUGGAUUAAAAACUGCCAAAGGAACCAAACAGCUUAAGUUAGACCCUUCGAUAUAUGAAACGCUGCAAAAGGAAAAGGUAGAAGUUGGUGAUGUCAUUUAUAUAGAAGCCAAUAGUGGAGCAGUGAAGCGCCAAGGACGUUCAGACACAUUUGCAACAGAGUUUGACCUUGAGGCUGAAGAGUAUGUACCUUUACCAAAAGGAGAUGUUCACAAAAAGAAAGAGUUAGUUCAAGAUGUAACUUUACAUGAUCUUGAUGUGGCAAAUGCAAGACCUCAGGGUGGUUCAGAUAUAAUGUCCAUGAUGGGUCAACUCAUGAAGCCUAAGAAAACUGAAAUAACAGAUAAAUUACGGAAGGAGAUAAACAAGGUUGUGAAUAAAUACAUAGAUCAGGGAGUUGCAGAACUUGUACCUGGAGUCCUUUUUAUUGACGAAGUUCAUAUGUUAGAUAUUGAGUGUUUUACUUACCUUCAUCGAGCUUUGGAAUCAACUCUUGCACCAAUUGUCAUAUUCGCAACCAACCGUGGUUCAUGUACAGUAAGAGGCACUGAAAUAGUCUCACCACAUGGUAUUCCAUUGGAUCUACUUGAUCGCGUCAUGAUAAUUCGUACAAUGCCAUAUGCUCUGGAAGAAACUGUACAAAUUCUUAGAAUACGUGCUCAAAUUGAGGGAAUACAGAUUGAUGAGGAAUCUUUACAAUCAUUGGGAGAUACUGGGACUAAAACAACAUUGAGAUAUGCUGUUCAAUUGUUAACACCAGCACAUUUUCUUGCAAGAAUUAACGGAAGAGAAAUAAUAAACAAGAGUGAUAUUGAUGAGACAAAUGAACUAUUUUUCGAUGCGAAGUCAUCAGCAAAACUUCUCGCUGAACAAGGAGAUAAGUACAUGAAAUAAACGAUGUAUUUUCUGCUUAUUUGCCAAUCAUUUCCGUCUAGUUUUCUACUUGUUUUGUAAACCAUAAUCCCGUAAAUCGUUACCGGACCUCGAUAAAUUUUGUCGAAGCAAGUAGUUGUAUUUCUCUUCCCUAACGUUACGCUUAUGACAAUUAUUGCUUUAGUUGUACUUUAAACAGAGAAGACUACAAUUAGUUUUCCUUAUAUGUAGCUCAGAACAUCACCAUAAUAAAAAUCGCGAGCUUUUAAAACAAUCACAGAGAUGACAUUUUCCCGCCGUUUCUAAUU